CGUGCAAAUAGACACAACAACCUUGGAGUUAUGCUCUCUGCUAUGUUUGAACGGAUUGGAGACCUUGGUGACCUGCAAAAAUCCAUUAAGCACAACGAGGAGGCACUGGCUGCUACUCCUCAGGAUCAUCCCAAUCGCGCGGAGAGACACGACAACCUGGCGGUGGGCAUCUGGAGGAGGUUUGAGCGGAUUGGAGACCUGUGUGACCUCCAAAAUGCUAUCGAGCACGGGGAAAAGGCUCUGGCUGCUACCCCCCAAGAUCACCCGGGUCGCGCAGACAGGCACAACAAUCUGGCAGUCAGUUUCUUGGCGAGAUUUGAACGGGCAGGAGACCUCGGUGAUCUCCAAAAGGCCAUUAAUCAUAGCGAAGAGGCGCUAGCUUCUACCGCUCAGGGUCACCCGCACCGAGCUGGCAUACGCAAUAACUUGGGAAAUAUGUUCUCUACGAAGUUUGAGCGGACUGGAAGCCUUGGAGAUCUCCAAAAAGCAAUUACACACGGCGAAGAGGCGCUUGCUGCUACUCCUGGAGAUCACCCCUAUGGGGCCGCUAGACAUAGCAACCUGGGAGCCACGCUUUAUUUAAGGUUUGCACGGACGGGGGACCUUGGAGAUCUCCGAAAAGCUAUUAAGCACUGCGAAGAAGCACUAUCUACAAGCCCUCAGGACCAUCCGGGCUGUGCAAAUAGACACAACAACAUUGGAGCCAUGUUCUCUGCACUAUUUGAGCGGAUGGGAGACCUUGAUGACCUGCAAAAAGCUAUUAAGCACAGCGAAGAGGGACUAGCCGCCACUCCUCAAGAUCACCCCGAUGCAGCAGCUAGACACAGCAACCUGGGAGUCAUGUUCUAUAGAAGGUUUGACCAGAUUGGAGAGCUUUGCGAUCUGCAAAAAGCUAUUAGGCAUAGCGAAGACGCACUAGCUACUACCCCUCAAGAUCGCCCUGAUCGAGCAGACAGGCACAACAACCUUGGAGCAAUGUUCUCAACAAGGUUUCAGCGGAUGGGGGACCUGUGCGAUCUCCACAAAGCCAUUGAGCACACCGAAGAGGCACUGGAUGCUACCCCCCAGGAUCACCCAUAUCUAGUAGCCAGGAAAAACAACCUGGGAGUCAUGUUCUCUACGAGAUUUGGGCGGAUAGGAGACCUUGACGAUCUCCAAAAAGCCAUUGGGUGUAGCGAAGAAGCCCUAGUGGCAACCCCUCAAGCUCAUCCACGCCGACCGGCCGUGCACAGCAGCCUGGGAAGCAUGUUCUCUAUGAGGUUUAAGCGGACAGGGGACAUCUGUGAUCUCCAAAAAGGCAUCAGGCACUGCGAGGAGGCACUAGCUACCACCCCUCAUGAUCACCCCCGCCGAGCAGCCACGCACAAGUAUCUGGGAGUCAUGCUCGGGGAGAGAUUUAAGAGUAUAGGAGACCUUGGCGACCUCCAGAAGGCUAUUAAGCACGGUGGAGAAGCAGUAGCUGCUACCCCUCAGGAUCACCCGGAUCGAGCAACUGUGUGCACUGCCCUGGGUAUGCUUUUGGAAUCAAGGCUCUCGAACCUCCACCUCGUGGAAGAUUUAAACGAAAGCCUCCGCCUUUACAAAGAGGCUUACAGUUGCCGCAUCUCACCGCCUAGGAUUCGGAUUGAUGCGGCUUACAAAGCAGCAUGUCUGCUGUAUUCAAAAGAGAGGUUUCAUGAAUCAAGUUCUAUACUCGAGGGCGCGGUUGGCCUGAUGGCCAGUGUUAAUCUACAGUUAUUGCGGCGGGAUGACCAACAGCACAUACUGUCAGAACUUUCAGGGCUAGCAUCAGCGGCUGCUUCCGUAGCUCUCCAGGCCGGGAGAGAAGCUUAUCAUAGUCUCAAGCUACUUGAGCUCGGUCGUGGGAUAAUUAUGGGUUUUACAAUUGACUCAAAGUCCGAAGAAUCAGAUCUUAAAACCGAUUACAAGGUUGAAUUCGACCAGUUUGAUCACCUUCGAGUCCAGAUUGACGCGCCAGUGGAUGAAAUGAACUGUAUAAGCGACGAAACGCUGGGUCCAUGCCGAAACCGUACAAUAUUCAGACGUUGGGAGGCUGUCAAUGAGAUGGAAACUGUCCUAACCCGCAUCCGGGCUUUACCUGGCUAUCACGGAUUCCUGCUCCCGCCCUCUCCGGAGGCUCUGAUGGAGAUAGCAAAAAAUGGCCCCAUUGUUAUCUUCAACAGCACUACUUAUAGGGGUGACGCCAUAAUUGUCACCACCUCAGCUAUAACUUCGUUAGAACUCCCGAAAUUAAACCACAGAGAAACAAGCCACUGGAUGGGGCAAUUGGCGAGUUUUGGAGAAGGAGGGUGGCUUAAGCGAAGCCAAGAUUGCAGCAAAAUGAAGGACCUCCUUAUUUGGUUAUGGGAUGCUGCGGUGGGCCCCGUUUUUAAGGAUCUUCAACGAAGCGGGACUAUUAUCAGGGAGGGCGCCCAUGGCACCAAUUCUAAACGGAUUUGGUGGAUUGGCGUGGGGCGGUUAAGCAUAGCACCAUUCCAUGCCGCCGGGUACCAUUCACGGCGGUCAACCCGUAACACUUUGAGUCGAGCCAUCUCAACAUAUAUCCCGACAAUCAAAGCCCUCGCCUAUGCACGCCGGACACAAUUCAUGUUCGACAGAGAUGGUGCUUCUUUUUCUACGGAACGCCCCCAUGAAGACGGAAAGACGGAAAGACGGAAUCUCCGCUUACUUCUCGUUCCUAUGGCAGAAACCCCUGGCGGAAUAAGUCUACCGGGUGUCACUGAAGAAGUUCAACAUAUAUGUGAUUCGGCCACUAGAAAUUCUGUUGAGACCACAAUAUUGAGCAACCCAGCCCCGGCCGAAGUCCUCAAGCAAAUCCAGAAUCAUGACAUUGUCCAUUUUGCCUGCCACGGAGUGUCUGAUGUCAACCCUUCGAAUAGCCAUCUUGUUUUGUUUACUCCGGAUGGGAGUAGUGCUGCCAAACUACUGGCUCGAGAUAUACCGAAUACGGUUCCGCUCAAUGCACAGCUCGCGUAUCUCUCCGCCUGCUCCUCCGCUAAAAACCCUUCCACACCCCUAGCCGACGAAGUCAUACAUCUCGCCAGCGCAUUUCAACUUGCCGGAUUCAGCCAUACGCUGGCAAACUUGUGGAAAACAGAGGACCGUGCGUCUAGUGAAGUUGCGAGUGACUUUUACAACUUUCUCUUCCAAUACCAAGGGAAUGGCACUGAGAACGAGCCCAUCCCCAUCGCUUCCCACCAGGCUGUGAAGAAAUUUCAUGACCAG